CCAAAGUUGCCGCGCGGGAGGCGGGCGCGCCCGGGCGGCCGAGGGGCGGGCAGCGGGCGGGGGACGCGGCGUCGCGGCCGGGCGCGGGCAGGGCCGGCGGGCCGCGGCGGCAUGGGCACCCGGCAGACCAAGGGCAGCCUGGCCGAGAGAGCCAGCCCCGGCGCAGCGCCCGGCCCCCGCCGCGAACGGCCCGACUUCUGGGCGUCGCUGCUGCUGCGCGCCGGGGACAAGGCGGGGCGCGCGGGCGCUGGCGCGGGGCUGCCCCCUUACCACCGGCGCGUCGGCAUGGUCCAGGAGCUGCUGCGGAUGGUGCGCCAGGGCCGGCGGGAGGAGGCGGGGACGCUGCUGCAGCACCUGCGCCAGGACCUGGGCAUGGAGUCGACCUCUCUAGACGACGUUCUGUACCGCUACGCCAGCUUCAGGAACCUGGUGGACCCCAUCACACACGACCUCAUCAUCAGCCUGGCCCGCUACAUCCACUGCCCCAAGCCGGAAGGCGAUGCGCUGGGCGCCAUGGAGAAGCUAUGCCGACAGCUGACCUACCACCUGAGCCCCCACUCCCAGUGGAGGCGGCACAGAGGGCUGGUGAAGAGGAAGCCGCAGGCCUGCCUCAAGGCUGUCCUGGCUGGGAGCCCUCCAGACAACACUGUGGACCUGUCCGGCAUCCCACUGACCUCCCGGGACCUGGAGCGGGUGACCAGCUACCUGCAGCGCUGCGGGGAGCAGGUGGACAGCGUGGAGCUGGGCUUCACGGGCCUCACCGACGACAUGGUCCUGCAGCUGCUGCCCGCGCUCGGCGCACUGCCCCGCCUCACCACGCUGGCGCUCAACGGCAACCGGCUGACCCGGGCCCUGCUUCGUGACCUCACGGACACCCUCAAGGACCCCAGCAAGUUCCCCAACGUCACGUGGAUCGACCUGGGCAACAAUGUGGACAUCUUUUCAUUGCCCCAGCCCUUCCUGCUCAGCCUGCGCAAGCGCUCCCCGAAACAGGGCCACCUCCCCACCAUCCUGGAGCUGGGCGAGGGCCCCUGCGGUGGGGAGGAGGCCCGGGAUGGGACAGUAGACCAGGAGGACCCUGGGGGAGGCCCUCUGGAUCCUGCCAAAGACCAUGAGGGCGGGGAGACUGUAGGUACAGUUCAGACAUGACACAGAAGUGGGGGUCCACACCAGGGAGUCCCGGCGGGGUAGGAGGACUGAGGCAGGCUAGGGGGCCCCCCGCCAGCAGCCUCAGGUAAUCACCCAAAAUUGGCCUGGACAACCCCACUCACCGGAGCCAGACUGUAGCAUCUGGGAAGGGGGCUGUGCAAUACUGCUCCAGUCCUCACUUCCCCCUCUUGUCAACCUCCUCUGCCUUUUGGCUCCUGAGAAGUCAUGUAUGGCUCAAGUCCCCAGAUUAGUGGGUGGUCUUGUAUGGAGAUGAAUGCUUGAGCUACUCUGGGUCAGAACUUAACCCCAGGCAGGGAGUGAUAGUCCCACCCUACAUCUAACCCAGUAUUUCCUGAUGGAACCUUUUU